UUGGACAGGCACAGAAGCUGAGCCGUUACCGCUGUGUGUCGUGUGCUUUGAGACUUUGUCAAACGAAGCCUUGAAGCCAUGUAAACUGCGCCGUCACCUCGAGACAAAACAUGGACAAUAUGCGACCAAGCCGCGGGAUUUUUUUCAGAACAAGCUCAGGGAGUAUCAGAGCAAAAAGAAGGUAAUUGAGCAUAUGGGCUGUGAGAACACAAAUGCUGUGGAAGCGUCUUUUCGGGUCUCCCAACUCAUUGCCAAAGCUGGAAAACCACACACCAUCGGCGAGGAUUUAAUUCUUCCCGCUGCAAAACAGAUCGUUCAGGUGAUGUUGGGAGAGAAGGCAGUGCAGCCUAUCAACCUCGUUUCAUUGUCGGAUAAUACGGUCAAACGAAGGAUUGAUGAAAUGGCAGAUAAUGUGUUGGAGCAGCUGAUCCAAAGCGUAAAAGAGAGCCGCUUUUACGUGCUCCAACUGGAUGAGUCAACCGACGUCGCAAGUCUGGCAAACCUGCUUGCUUAUGUGCGAUACGAAAAUGGUGGCGAGAUAAAAGAGGAGUUUUUAUUUUGUAAACCUCUGCCUACCCGUUCAACUGCUGAGGCCAUUAUUCACACUGUGAACACUUUUAUUGUUUCCAAUGGGAUUGACUGGUCCAAAUGUGUUGGAUUGAGCACUGACGGAGCCCGUGCAAUGCUGGGACAGCACAGCGGGGUUGUCCGACGUGUGAAAGCGCUGGCUCCGCGGGCAACAUCUGUCCACUGCAGCAUACACCGUGAAGCACUUGCUACAAAGAAAAUGCCCCCGGAUCUGAAGACGGUUUUAGAUGAGGCGGUCAAAGCUGUCAACUUCAUCAAGAGCCGUCCACUGCAAACACGUUUAUUUGCGGUGUUAUGUGGAGAGAUGGGCAGUGAUCAUCACCAGCUACUGUUACACACUGAAGUGCGGUGGCUCUCCCGAGGCAAAGUCCUGACGCGACUGUUUGAGUUGCGUGAUGAAGUGCAUGUGUUUUUUCUCAACACAACGUUUGAACUCGCACACCGCUUCAGGGAUUUUGAGUGGUUGGCUAAGUUGGGUUACCUGGCUGAUAUUUCAGCCACUUAAAUGGACUCAACCUCGGUCUUCAAGGGAUAACAGUGAACAUAUUCAAUGUCCAGAAUAAAGUUGAAGCAACCAUAAGAAAGCUGGCGCUGUGGGCUAAGCGUGUCGAGCAGUCAAACUAUGACUCGUUUGAAAAUAUGGCUGAUUUUCUGACAACGGAACAGAGUCCACUUCCCAUCACCGUGAGCAACGCUGUCAGAGAGCACCUGCAAGGUUUGAGGACCCAGCUGCGCGCAUACUUCCCCAUCCCAGAUGUGCAGUACAACUGGAUAGAAAACCCAUUCGCCAGCCACAGUGAUGAGGCUCUCGCUGCUUUGAGUGCAAAAGAGCAAGACAAUCUCCUGGAUCUCUCUUGUGACACCGCGCUGAAGCUGAUCUUCUCACAGAAGCACCUGACAAACUUCUGGCUUCAUGUUGCUUCUGAGUACCCUGAUCUGGCUAACAGAGCUGUGAGAUUCCUGAUGCCUUUCCAAACGACGUACCUCUGUGAGACUGGAUUUUCUGCACUCGUGGGAUUAAAAA